GUCCUGGGCGCCCCGGGGCGGCCUCCUUUAAAAGCCAGCGGGGCUCGGGACCGGACAGACCGGCAACUGACACCCCGGCCAGCAGGGAGCCAACCAGGCCUCGUAACAGAAGACUCGCCAUCCAUCCGACCGCCCGACCCUCCUGACGCGCUCUCAGCCUCGAGCCCCGGUUCUGCGGGCCUGGAACGAGCAGCUUUGGCUCUGACCUCCGCAGCGCUCACCUUCCCGACGCUUGGUGGAGGCACCAUGCGUGCUCUCCUGGUGCUUCUGCUGGCCGGAACAGGCCUCUCCUCCCUCGUGCCAGAGAGGGAGAAGAACCCCAAGUACUGGAGGGAGCAGGCCCAGCAGACCCUGCGGCGUGCCCUGGAGCUGCAGAGCCUCAACACCAAUGUGGCCAAAAAUGUCAUCAUGUUCCUGGGAGACGGGAUGGGGGUUUCCACAGUGACAGCCGCCCGCAUCCUCAAGGGUCAGCUGGACAACAAGCCAGGAGAGGAGACCCUCCUGGAGAUGGACAAGUUUCCCUUCGUUGCACUCUCCAAGACCUACAACACCAACGCCCAGGUGCCCGACAGCGCGGGCACUGCCACGGCCUACCUGUGCGGCGUCAAGGCCAACGAGGGCACCGUGGGGGUGAGCGCCGCCGUCACUCGCUCCCAGUGCAACACGACCCAGGGCAACGAGGUCACCUCCAUCCUCCGCUGGGCCAAAGAUGCCGGCAAAUCCGUGGGCAUCGUGACCACGACUCGUGUCAACCACGCCACCCCCAGCGCUGCCUAUGCCCACUCCGCCGACCGCGACUGGUACUCAGACAACGAAAUGCCCCCCGAGGCGGUGGCCCAGGGCUGCAAGGACAUCGCUUACCAGCUGAUCCACAACAUCCCCAACAUCGAGGUGAUCAUGGGUGGGGGCCGAAAAUACAUGUAUCCCAAGAACACCAGCGAUGUAGAGUACCACGAUGAGGAGAAGGCAAGAGGCACGCGACUGGAUGGUCAAUUUCUGAUCAGAGCCUGGAAGGACUACAAACCUCAAGACAAGAACUCACACUACGUCUGGAAUCGCACUCAGCUCAUGGACCUCAAACUGGACCAAGUGGACUUUCUCUUGGGUCUCUUCGAGCCAGUGGACAUGGUGUACGAACUCAACCGCAACAACCUCACUGACCCUUCCCUCACGGAGAUGGUGGAAGUGGCCAUCACCAUCCUCAAGAAAAACCCCAAAGGAUUUUUCCUCCUAGUGGAAGGGGGAAGGAUCGAUCACGGCCACCACGAGGGCAAGGCCAAGCAGGCGCUACAUGAGACGGUGGAGAUGGACAGGGCCAUCGAGCGGGCGGGCACCCUGACGUCUCUGGAUGACACACUGACCGUGGUCACGGCUGACCACUCCCACGUUUUUACCUUCGGAGGUUACACUCCCCGCGGCAACUCCAUCUUUGGCCUUGCCCCCAUGGUGAGCGACACAGACCAGAAGCCCUUCACCUCUAUCCUGUAUGGGAACGGACCCGGGUACAAGAUCGUGGCCGGCGAGAGAGAGAACGUCUCCACAGUGGAUUACGCUCACAGCAACUAUCAGGCCCAGUCGGCCGUGCCCCUACGCCAGGAGACCCACGGGGGCGAGGAUGUGGCCAUCUUCGCCAGAGGCCCCAUGGCCCACCUGCUGCACGGUGUCCACGAGCAGAAUUACAUCCCCCACGUCAUGGCCUACGCGGCCUGCAUCGGCGAGAACCGCAAGCACUGCAGCUCCCCCGCCUCCCGCAACACGGCCGGGGCCCUGCCGCUGCUGGCCGCCAUCCUCUCCCCUCUGCUCGCCAGCCUCCUGUUCUAACGGGCCUCUCCCGCCCACCUCUCGGCUCCCUCUCUGACUCUGCCCAUGGGAGACGGGGUCCCCUGCUCCCUCCCCAUCUGUGCCCGUGGGCAUGCCCUCCCCCCACCUCUCUGGGGGAGCCGUGGCCUCCCCUCCCUCUGGUCUCUCUGCCGGGAGUCCCCCCGACCCGGGCCCAGCUGACCGGCCCUGGUCUCUGGGAUCUGGGCCGGGCCUCUCCACAGACGAAAUGGUGGUAGGGCCACAAGGGGUCCACGAAACCAGUGGGAGGAGAGGCCAGCCUCCCUCUCGGUCCCAUGAUCUUGGCCACUGACCGGGGCGGAAAGGAAGGCGGGAGAGUCAGGGGAGAACAUGUCUCUUUUUCCGUGCACAGCCCAGCACAGGCCUGGCUCUGCUCCCAAGAGAAGCGGCCUGGUUUAAUUAGCUCGUGCUCUCCGCCGCCUCGUACUGCUUUCUUUCUGUUCCUCCGGGCUGCAGCAUCCACCUGCCCCUUUGCCUUCGCCGUUGCCCAUCGCCCGUACCCACAACCACAAUCCCUCCCGGGCAGUGCCCAGGACAGGGAACUGAACUGUCUCCCCCUCCCCAUGCUGGUUCUGGAGGACGGAUUCCCCGCACCCCAACCCUCCACGCGAGGCCUGCCCUAACCUCCAGCCCCAGCUCCACAGCCACGGAAGCCACAGGCCCUUGCUCCCGGCUGCUGCCGGCCGGUCCAGGACCCAGCCACAUGGCCCAAGGGCCAGGGGCUUUUGGGGAGAUGUGAGGGACUGGUUGUGGACCCGGUUUGUGGAUGCUGCACCUCGUGGUGGUGGGGGAGAGGGGUCAGCAGCUUCCCAUAGCACCAGCCCGGCCACAGGGACAGCAACGGCCUCCGUCCCUGAGCCGGAGAGGGACCGGCCGCCGGCGGGGACACAGCAACCAGGUCUCCGGCUCCUAACCUCAGGGUGACUCUGGGGCAAGGGGGUCCCUGUGGUGACCCCAACCCCCACUUCCUCGGGGGCAGAAGACCUAGGAGCGAGCCCAGCCCUAGGGUAAACAGUCAGGGGGAGGAGAGAGGCCUGGGCUGCCCCCUGGAACAACGAUGGGGGAGAUACCUCUCUCCCAGCCCUCCUAGCACAGGCUUCCAGAGACCUCCUAGAGUCGGGGCUUCAGGGGCGGUUGGGGGAGUGACCAGGGUUGGGUGGGCAGUUCCCACACACCCCCAGCUUUUCUAUCUGGUUUCUGGGUCUCUUAAAGCGGGUUGCCUGUUUUGUAUGUUGGGUUUUUGUUUUGUUUUUUAAAUUUUAAUAAAUGAUUUCUGAACAUCUCCGA